AUGAGCGACUCUCCUCCGCGGGCCGUGGGUGACAGGUAUUCCCUGAGCCUGGAACAAAGUCUGCAGGAACUUCAAGAGAAGAUUCAGCAACACCGGGACGAGCUGGCAUUGCUCCAACAAAAUGGCCGGCAGUCAAAACAGAGCUUGCCGGGUCCAGGAAGAGGCUCGUAUGAAGUCAUGAAAGGCGCUUUCGAGGAGGUUGCAACAAACCCUCCUUUUGUGCCCUCCUCGGCAUCAGUCCUGCCCGCGCUGGUGGCUUUGCGAAAGACCCAUCAGACCAUUGCAGAGUCCCGGGCGUACCUGCAGAGCCAAGGUACCUCCCUUGACAAAGCCAAACGUAGGCUAGAAAGCGAGCAGGCGAAUUUGGCCGAUCAAAAGCUGCUUCAGCAGAGUUUGGAGAAGCGCAUCCAGGCUCUCACAGAUGAUGCCGAUUCAAGGAUGGAAUUGACGCCCGAACAGGCGGCCAAAGAAAGACUGGACGAACUCAGGAAGAAGAAGAAGCACUACGACAAGGAGAGGGUGAGGCUCCUUAGGGCCUUGCGUGAGUUCAUCAACAAUCACCUGGCGGCUCAGAUAGCGGCCGAAGACCUCGGCGGACCUGUCGUUGGCGACAUGAUGGAGAUCGACUCGGAUCAACUUGCCGCUGGUUUCAACAAUCAGGGUCGUCCUGUGAAGGCCAAAUCCAAGCCGGACGAGGACAAGAGACAGAGACGCCUCGAGGAAGUUUGGGGUCUAUCACAAGACAACGAGAGAGAGACGGACGAGACUGCCGCCGCAGGACGCGAGAUGCGUGAACUCACGGAGGAGCUGCUCAACCAGCACAUAGAAGCAGGAGGUGAUAGCACGGCAGCAUACGUCAAGAUUCCGAAGGAGACGGCGGCGACACGAUUCCUGGUCCGGUCCAAGGUCGCACAGUUCCACCCCAGAGAUGCCACGAGGCUUAAGCUGAUUGAUUUUGGAAGAGAACUGGACGACUAG